AUGAGCAGUCACCACCACCACAGCAAUCACAAGCACCCAAAGAAGAAGCACCACUUCAAGAUCCAACAACGACAACGUAAGCAUCAACAAAAACAACAACAGCAACAACAACAACAACAGGGUCAAGGGCAGAGAGUUCUUGCUCAGAACCCCUUUGAAUUAAAGUCCUUCAACCCCAAAAAUUUCGAUCCAAAGACAUUCGAUCCCAAAUCCAUCGAUCUCACGUCGCUCGACCUGCCCAACAUCGACAUGAAGAACUUUGACAUACAGUCGCUCGAUGUCAACAAGAUUGGUGAGAAGCUGACAGGUACCCUGGUCAAGUCCUCCCUUCCUGCUGGAUUGAAGUUCCCCAAGGAGCUGACGCUGGAGCAGUUGCAGAGUAUCAUCGAAAGGUUUCAUUGGAACGAGACGAGGACGGAUGUGAGGGCGCCGUUGCCAAUGGACUUUGAGCCCGAUAAGAGUAUCUUUACUUUCUUGUAUUCCAUAAAUCACUUCAAGGAUCCAACGGUCGACUUGCCUGGAUGCCCUGUUGCAGGAACACCUCUUCGCAGCGAUGACUCUGCCUCAGGACUUGUCUGGACGUGUGAAGCGGGACACUUCUGUGCGGCUCCCAACGUUUCGGUUCCCUGUCUGCCAGGAUUCUACUGUCCCGCAAACACGGCUCAGCCAACACUCUGUUGCAAGGGAUACCUCUGCAGUCCAGACACCAAGACCAUCGAGGUCUGCCCCGCCAGCUACUUUUGCCCCGCUGCCUCCACCCGCGCCCUCCCGUGCAACUUUUUGGCGUUUUGCCCUCGUGGUACGUCAGCCGUCGAAAAAUACGGUCUCGGCGCCGUCCUGUUUGCAUUCGCAUUGAUAACCAUGGCAGUUUUCUCCAUCAAGAAGCGAAUCUUCCGCGCCCAACGCCUCCGAUAUCGACAGCGACUCCGCGAGCUGGGCGACAACAGCGAUGAUCUGGAGGAUGAAAAGCGUCAAAAGAGGGAGGCAGCCCAACUGGCACAGUCCAUCAUCAUCGAGGAUCAGAAACGACUCAUGUCAGGAUCUCAAAUCGCCAGUCACGGAGCCGCCCCAGGUGGUGGUGGGGGAUUGGACUUUGCAGCGAGUCAUCGUAGUCUGGCGUUGGCGGCUGCUGCAGCUGGGAAUAUGAAUGUUAGUACGGUGAGUCUUCCCAAGGCUGAGAGGUCGUUUGAUAUUCGGUUUGAGAAGUUGGGGCUUACUCUCCCUACCGGAGUUGACAUCAUCAAGAACAUUAGCGGCAGACUGAUUACAGGAAGGACGUGCGCUGUGAUGGGACCCUCGGGUGCGGGAAAGACCACGUUCUUGUCAAUCCUCGCCGGUAAGGUGGCCAAGACAGAUGGAAGCAUCAAAGUCAACGGCAAGGAACAGACAUUGAGUCUUUGGAAGAAGCUGAUUGGAUUCGUCCCCCAGGAAGAUGUGAUGCUCUCCGACCUCUCGGUUCGCGAAAUUCUCAUGCACUCGGCGAGAAUGCGUCAGGCGGUACACAUGAGCCACAAUGAGAAGCGUCUCAAGGUGUUGGAAGUCAUCCAGUUCCUGGGUCUCGGUCAUAUCAUGGACAACCCCAUCGGAGAUGUCGAGACUCGUGGUGUGUCUGGUGGUGAGCGCAAGCGUGUCAACAUUGGUAUGGAGCUCGUCGCAUCCCCCUCGAUCCUGUUCUUGGACGAACCGACAUCCGGUCUGGACUCUGCUACAUCGCUUGAGGUCUGCAAGCUGUUGAAGCAGAUUGCUCAGGAGCAGUUCCUGACUGUCGCUGCUGUCGUUCACUCACCUUCACCCCAUGCCUUCAACCAGUUUGAUGAUCUCCUCUUGCUGGGAUCUGGAGGUCGGGUCGUCUACUCGGGUCCACGAGGUGAGGCUUCACGCUACUUUGAGAGCAUUGGUUACCCUGUCCCUGAGGAUGAGAGUCCUGCCGACUUCUUUAUUUCUCUUGCAGCCGGUCGCGUUGACAAGUCUCCGCGUGCUCCCGAAUAUGAGAGCCAGGAGGAUGAUGAUGCGAUGACCUAUGGAUACCAAGAUACCAUCAAGCCCAAGACCCCUCGUGAGCGUACCCAAGAGCUCUUUGAUGAGUGGGAGAACCACUGCCGCAACAAGGCCCUGUCCAAGACACUGCAGAAGCAUGCUAUCCGCGAGAGUGACACUAUGAUUACAGUCCGCCUGUCAAAUGAUGGAUCAAAUCAAGGAUCCCCUGAGAAGCGCGACACGAUGAAGCAGGCCCAGUUGUACCCUCUGGACCAGUCCAGCGACGAUACCACGGAAAAAUCGUUCUACCCAGCCAUGUUACCCGAGGAACGAGAUUGCCACGUCUCGACUAUGGCCCUUCACCAACCCUCAAGACCCCAGUCACCAACAUUCAGUGUCCCCAUCUCCAACCUGGCCGGAUCUUCCACCGAUACCACGGACCAGGUUGAGGUGAUUAAGAACCAAGGACAAGGAUUCUGGACAUCCCUCCGCAUGUCGUUCAUCACAAGCUGGGCAGACUCGGUCUCGUACAUCCGCGACGUCUUUGAGGAGAUGGGUCAUUGGCUGUGGACCAUCAAGUGCAAGUUCACCGGAGAGCAGGAUCCCGUCCGUGAGACGCCUUCCUUUGGCAGCGUCUUCAUUCUCUGCUUCAAACGCGCGUGUCUUCAGAACUAUCGAUCGCAGAUGGGAUUCUUGUCUGACCAGUCUCUUCAUCUGGCCUGCGGACUCUGUGUCUCCUUUGCCUCCAAGGACAUGAUGUAUACCCCCCGUCAGCCGGCUGAAAUCUGCGCGAUGGCCCCUCCAGCAAUCCAGUUGUCCUGUGCCACACCACUGGAUGAUAUCCGUUACGUCGGCAUGUUCAUGUCCCUCGGUGUCUAUUUCGCGGGUAUCAGCGUUGGUGCCUCCACCUUUGGUGAUGAGAAAGCUGUGUAUUGGCGCGAUACCUCGGCCGGCAUGCCGACUCUCCCUUACUACCUGGCCAAGUUCCUGGCAGAUGUACCACGCAUGAUUGUCGCAGUCAUCCUCCUCCUCUACAUCAACGCUUUCUCGCUCGGAUACUUUGUCUCGGCAGUCGUCAACAGAUCGAUGUUUGGACUCGCGGGAACGGGUAUGUCGCUGGCCUGGGCGCUGGUCUUGAGUGGAACGGCACCUCAUCUGUACAAGGUCAUGACCAGCGGUGGGUAUGCGACUGUUCGGUGGGUUUGGGAUAUUAGUGCCCCUCGAUGGGGUGUUGAGGCUUUCUAUCUGAAGGAGAUGGAUUCGAGGAUUUAUAACGAGAUUAAUCAUAACGUGCUGGGGGACAUGUACGCGUUCGAGCACUACGAGGGUGCUAUCAUGUCGAUGAUCUACAUUGGCCUUGGUUGGAACGUGUUGACGUUUACGUUGAUGAAGCUCCUCAACCGCCACAAGGUCAAGUAA